UAUAUGUCAUACUAAGUUCCUAGUCAGCAAGUCAAUUAUUGAGGUUAUGUUUUUGUGUAUAAAUAAUAAUUAUUUUCCAAUAGCUUUGUGGCAUAAAUUAUUCUAAUCUGUUUUGUACGAUUCAUACAAUUUCAAUUGUAAUUGAUUUAAAAUCGUUAGCUAAUUCAGUAUUAUUAAGGAUGGCUGGCCAGGGACACCAGUUCCCGGGUAAUUUCCAAGGCAAUGCCGGUGGCAUGAGAACUGGGUUUGGUGGAGGACCCAUGGGUGGUCAGAUGCAAGGAAUGCCUAACCAAUUAGCAGGUGUUAUGGGUGGGCCGAUGUCAAAUCCUGGCGGAAUGGUUGGUAUGGGCAAUCAAAUGGUACCACCAUAUGGAGCGGCCAUGCAGAACCAAAUGGGCAAUAUGGGAAUGGGACCACAGAGUAUGGGAGUUGGCGUGGGCGGCCCACCAGGUGGGGGACUUGGCCCUCAAACUGUACAGCAGCAAGCGGGUAUGCAAGGCGGUGGGGCAGUGGCUGCAACUGCCCCGUCACCAGCGCCCCCUGCCGCCGCACCGCCACCGCAGCACAAGGAGUUUAAUACUGCUUCACUGUGCAAAUUUGGCCAGGAGACAGUACAAGAUAUUGUUAGCAGAACUCAAGAUGUCUUCCAGACUUUGAAAGCUAUUCAGCCACCAAAUGGUACGCAGCACGGAGAAAAUGCCAGUAACGACAAGAAGGCCAAGAUGCAAGAGCAGCUUCGUACAAUACGCCUUCUGUUCAAACGGUUAAGAUUAAUCUAUGAGAAGUGUAAUGAAACAUGCCAGGGCAUGGAAUACACACACAUGGAAAGUUUGAUCCCAUUAAAGGACGAGGCGGAAAACAAGACAUUGGAUGAGAGGCGCAACACUGAGUCCUAUAGACUUGCUUUGGAAGAAAAUAGGGAGCUCACUGAACAGGUGGUGUUGAAAAAUAAGCAGUUAAAAGAAGUGAUAACCAAUUUAAGAACAAUCAUAUGGGAGAUCAAUGUUAUGUUGUCUAUGAGAAAAUCGUAAACUGCUAGUUAUUUAAAUGGUUUAUUUAUAAUUAGAUACUUAAAUUUAUUAAUUGUAAAUUGUUAUAGAUGACUUUUUAAAAUAUGCAAGUAAUUUUUUCAAUAAUGAUUGUGACUGAAGAAGAUUCGAAGCGAGUGAGAUUUCGAAUUGCUCCUUCGAUGUCAUUAGGCGGUAGACAUUACCAGUAAGAGUGUUUUACCACGUGAAGUUGUUGAUUCACUUGGAAGGCUUUUUUAGUCACUAUUAAAAUGUGAUUUUCAUGAAGGAAAUUAAUAAUGUUCACGACUAUAAUUCCUAAUGGGAUAGUCAGAGGCAUCUGUCGACUGUUGUAUAGUACAGAUUUCACUUAGCAUAUGAGACUUCAACAUAGCAGGUUUGGUUUGAUGUUGACUUUAAUAGUAUUUUUAUUAGCAGUUAAGUCAUCAUAAAGAUUGUAUACUUACUGACCACAGGCUCUCAGGUCUUCGGAAAUGGCAGCAUUUCAUAUAAUAAUUUUGAAAGUCGGUUUACAAAUUCUUUUUUUUCUUACUUUAGUAUAUUAAGGAAACAAUGUUUGCAUUUUUUUUUUGUCCAGAUAACAUAAAUUUUAUUUAUGAUAAUGAAAUAUAUUCUUCGUACAAUUACAGAUGGUCUACCAUGAAAUGAAAUUCCGAAAUUUCGGGCUCAAUUUCGUGUUUUUGUUCGUAUCAAAAUCGACCCAGUAAAUGGAGCUUAACAUUUCGUUCAUCACAAAUUCUAUUCUAAUAGUCCAAAGGAACGAUAUUUUAACCUUUUUAAUAAUUUUAAACAGCAUGUAUUAUGCAAUUUUAACAUCAAAUUUCUGUUUCGUUCGUCCCCGAAACUUCGGAAAAUACUUCAUGGUAGGCCCUCAGAUUAGGACAGUGUAUCGUUAUUAUUUUCAGGAUAUCGUAAGACACAACUAAGAGAAUAAACGUACUAGCGUGAUAUUAGGCUAGAAUCUUGUUAUGGGGAGAGAUUAUUGUCCAGUAAAGGACAUUAAUGACAACAUAUCCAUGACUAUAAUCCAUGGAUAUAUAAUGUUGGUAAGUUCAAUUAAAUAUUUUCCACCAAGUUGUAUGUUUAUUUCUGUAAAUAUUUUGAUUGUAAUGUAGUAUUAGGUUUUUUAAUAUGUUGUACAAAUGUAAAUUAAGAUACUUUGACGAUAUUGUCAUACUGAAAAAUUUGAAUGAAUAUAAAAAAUAGCAAAAUGUACUCGAGACUGUUUCGAGACUUUAAUAUAAUUUAAAUGUCUUGUAUUAUUAAGUCUUAUUCACACGGUGGUGAUUUUAGCGACAUGCUGGCGAUUUUAAAAUUAAUGUGUUGCGAACAUUAGCAGUGACUUUAAAAUUGCAAGCGAUUAAAAUCAGUGCCGUGUGGAUAUGGUAUUAGUUUUUUGUAUGAUUAUUUUAUACGGUACAUGGCCUAUACUAUUGCAGCAAUAUUGCUUAUAAAUUCUGUGGAGUCUAUUAUCAUAUCUAAUAUCAAUUGGCGAGGGAGAGCAGUGGAAUCUUUAGAAAUGGAGAGGUCAGUUCUUAUUUCUUUUUUACCCAUUAGGGUUGAAAAUGGAAUAGCCCGGCUUGUGUUAUUGGUUUACGCUGGCGGGGCACCAUUCCGUUUUUACGGCAUUAUGAAAUGUCAUAUGGCAAACUAAAGAACUCAUAUUUAUUAAAAUAGAAUUUUAUGUCUUUUGUAGUAAUAAAAAAAAUCUAUACUCGAUUUGAGGAAGUUAUGUAAAUUUAAAAUUGCCAAUAACAAUUCUUAAUCGAGAAAGAUCUUUUAGUAAAUACAAAUCAUUUAGAAUAAUUGAAUACAUUUUGAGAAUUGAAAAACCGUGUUAUGUUGUAUAAUUGUAAAUGUAUUCAAUUGAAAAUAAUGGGAUGAAAGCAAAUUUUUUUGUAUUAAAAAAUUUAUUAUUUGUAUAUAGUUGAUUUUUUUUACUUCAUAUUUUUGUCGUGUUUUAUAUUUUGUAGUUAUUUUACAUAGAUUAAAUAAUUUGCAAUUUUAAAUAGAUAUUUAUCUGAAAUUGACAUUGAUAACGUUCUUGACAUAAACUUUGUCUGUUUCCGAUAUAUAUCAAUGUCAAGAAUUAUUUAUCUAUUAUUUAUUAAUUAAAUUAUUACGUCGUAUGGUUCUAGCAUAGAACGGGCCACUCCUUUCUUUCCCUUGAGUGUCGUAAAAACUUAAUGAAACUUAAUGGUCGAGGGAUGGGCAGCAGCGUCCCUUUUUAAACAUCUCCAAAAGUUCAACAGCGGUUGCCAACUUGCCUGCCAAACGUGGCAACUAUAGUCAAAACUCUCUUUAUGGAAAAGAUUUAUGUUCAGUAGUGGACUGUUAACGGCUAAUAUAAUGGUUUUAAUUAUUUAUACUCGUUUUUUUUAAUCUAAAUACGAUUGAAUA